AUGUCUUCCCAUUCAAAUGCCAGCAUGCUUGAUCAUGGCCUGGAGAAGAAGCCCAUGCAUGUGGACUUCCGGGAGCGGCUGCGGCAUUUCACUUGGGCCUGGUACACCCUCACAAUGAGCGGCGGUGGGUUGGCUGUGCUUCUGGCCGCCCAGCCCAAUACGUUCCCAGGGUUGCGGGAGAUUGGACUGGCUGUCUUCAUCAUCAACCUCUUCUUCUUCGUUGUACUUUGUUCGGCAAUGGUCGCCCGAUUCGUCAUCCACGGCAACCUCCUCGACUCUCUCCGCCACGAACGCGAAGGGCUCUUCUUCGGUCCAUUCUGGCUCUCAGUCGCCACCAUCAUCUGCGGACUAUACCGGUACUUUGGAGAGGACGCUGGAGAAUCCUUCACUCUCUUCCUCCAGGUCCUCUUCUGGCUCUACUGCGCUUGCACAUUGCUCACGGCCAUCAUCCAAUAUUCGUUUGUCUUCUCCUCCCACCGCUACCGCCUCCAAACCAUGAUGCCCUCGUGGGUUCUACCGGCCUUCCCUAUCAUGCUGAGCGGCACCAUCGCCUCCGUCAUCGCCGAGAACCAGCCCCCGAGCUCCGCCAUCACUAUAAUCGUCGCGGGGAUUACCUUCCAGGGCCUCGGAUUCUCUAUCUCCUUCAUGAUGUACGCCCACUACAUCGGCCGGCUGAUGGAGUCGGGCCUCCCCUGCAGGGAGCACCGACCGGCCAUGUUCAUCUGCGCCGGGCCCCCGGCCUUCACGGCGCUCGCUCUCGUCGGCAUGGCCCAGGGUCUGCCGGAGAACUUCCGCCUGCUGGGCGACGAGAAUGCCCUUGUCGAGGGUCACGUCCUCGAGCUGCUGGCCAUCGCCUCAGGCGUCUUCCUCUGGGCCCUGAGCCUCUGGUUCUUCUGCAUUGCUCUGAUCGCCAUCGUCCGCAGCCCACCCACGGCCUUCCAUCUCAGCUGGUGGGCCAUGGUCUUCCCCAACACAGGAUUCACUUUGGCUACCAUCACCCUGGGCAAGGCGUUGAACAGCCAGGCGGUCCUGGGCGUCUCCUCCGCCAUGUCCGUCUGCAUCGUGUGCAUGUACCUCUUUGUGCUUUUCUGCAACGUCCGCGCUGUCAUCCGCAAGGAGAUUAUGUGGCCUGGCAAGGAUGAGGACGUUUCUGAUUAA